AACUGCCUCAUGGAUCAGACACAAGGGCUUAUCAUGAAUCGGUGACAUCAGACUGGGGACUUUCACUAGUGGGGUUCUACAGGUGCCAUCCUCAGCCCUGUGCUCUUCAACAUCUUCAUGAACAGCUUGGAUGCAGGACUUGAAGGGGCACUGAGCAAAUUCACAAAUGAUACAAAACUGGGAGGAGCUGUUGACUCCCUUGAGGGCAGAGAGGCCCUGCAGAGAGACCUCGACAGAUCAGAGGGCUGGGCAAUCACCAAACAUAGGAAGUUCAACAAGUGCUGGGUUCUAAACCUGGCGUGGGGCAACUCUGGCUGUACAGACAGACUGGAGAAUGAGAUUCUAUAAAGCAGUGGCAUGGAAAGGGACCUCGAAGUCCUGUUGACAGAAAGUGAACACGAGUCAGCAGUGCCCUGGCAGCCAGGAGGGCCAGCCCUGUCCUGAGGUACAUCAGGCCCAGCAUCACCAGCCGGGCAAGGGAGGGGAUUGUCCUGCUCUCCCCUGCCCUGGACAGCCUCACCUUGAAUAUUGUGUGCAGUUUUGGACACCACAAUGUAAGAAGGAUAUAACUUAUUAGAGAGUGUCCAAAGGAGAGCAACAAAGAUGGUGAAGGUCCUUGAUGGGAAGCUGUAUGAGGAGUGACUGAGGGCACUUGGUCUGUUCAGCCUGGAGGAGACUGAGGGGAGGCCUCAAUGCAGUUACAUUCCUUGUCCUCCUUCCUUGUGAGGGGAAGAGGAGGGCAGCCCCUGAUCUCUUGUCUGUGGUGACAAGACCCAAGGAAAUGGCCUGAAGUUGUGUCAGGGAGGUUGAGAAUGUUGAGAAACUGGAAGAGGCCAGGUAAAUGUGGUUAGUUCAAAUACAGAGGAAGAAUUCAUCUUCUACAGAAAAUGACCAGGGUGGAGGAGAAGGGCAUCUUGAACUUCUGCCUUCUGCUGACUAAAACUGGUAUUGCAUUGUUGUAUGAUGAAGUAUCUGAAAAUGCUUAUGACAUCCGACUGAAGCUUACAAAAGAGGUAUUAACAAUUCAAAAACAAGAUGUCGUCUGUGUUAGUGGAAGUGAUCACAGUGCAAAUCACAGAACUGUUACACUUCGUAGACAACCAGUUGGUGGCUUGGGCUUAAGCAUAAAGGGUGGUGCUGAGCACAAAGUGCCUGUCGUCAUAUCAAAAAUAUUUAAAAACCAAGCAGCUGAACAGACAGGAAUGUUAUUUAUAGGAGAUGCAAUAAUACAGGUUAAUGGUAUAAAUGUAGAAAGUGCUACCCAUGAAGAAGUGGUACAUCUACUGCGAAAUGCUGGCGAUGAAGUUACCAUCACAGUUCAAUACCUCAGGGACGCUCCAUCAUUUUUAAAGCUCCCAUUAGGUUCCCCUGGACCAUCCAGUGAUCACAGCAGUGGAACUUCAUCACCUCUCUUUGACAGUGCCUUACAUUUAAAUGGAAACUCAACUAACACGGCUCCAUCAUCACCUUCUUCACCCAUAGCUAAUGAACCAAAAUACGAGAAGCGCUGGCUAGACACCCUAUCAGUUCCUCUGUCGAUGGCUCGAAUCUCGAGGUACAAAACCGGAACAGACAAAUUAAGAUCUAAUGCAUUUGAAGUGCUGGCACUCGAUGGAGUUAGUACUGGGAUACUUCAGUUUUAUACAGCCCAGGAGAGUGCUGACUGGCUGAGAGCAAUGUCAACUAACAUCAGUGAUUUGACACUUCAAAAUAUGAAAAUGGCAAAUAAAUGCUGUUCUCCCUCUGACCAGAUCAUACAUAUGGGAUGGGUAAAUGAGAGACUUGAAGGAACUGAUUCAUCUCAGCUCUACAAAUUCAAGUUUCUGGCCCUGAAGGGUUCAUCCUUCUACAUUUUCAGCACUCCACCGGUAAGCACACUAGACUGGGUACGAGCUGAAAAAAUCUAUAACCUCUGUGAGGUUCUAUUUAAAAUUCACAAGCUCUGGCUUGCUGAUGAUUGCUGGCUACAAGCAAACUUGUAUUUAGGUAUUCACCAGGACUUCGAUCUUGAAGACCAAAGGCCGUAUUGUUUCAGUGUUAUGGUUGGACAUGGCAAGAGCCACUAUUUCAAUGUAGAGCUGGGCAGUGAAUUGGCAGUGUGGGAGAAAUCAUUCCAAAGAGCAAUUUUCUUGGAAGUUCAAAGAACAGGGUCUAAAACAUAUAUGUGCAGUUGGCAAGGGGAUACCCUGUGUUUCACAGUCGACUUUGCUCUAGGAUUUACCUGUUUUGACAGUAAAACAAAGAAUGUGCUAUGGAGGUUUAAAUUCUCUCAGCUCAAAGGCUCAUCAGAUGAUGGGAAAACAAGAGUAAAGCUGCUUUUUCAAAAUAUAGACACCAAACAAAUUGAGACAAAGGAACUUGAAUUUCAGGAUCUGACGUCAGUUUUACACUGUAUUCACUCCUUUAUAGCAGCAAAAGUGGCAUCUGUGGAUCCAGUAUUCAUAGACAGUCAGAGUAUUGCAAGAAAAUAUAUGGUGACAAAGGUGUACCAGAAUUGAAUAUGGAGUAGGAAAAGACAACCAUUUGCUGAAGCAGCACCAUAAACAGCAUGUUGGGGAAGGAAGCAUACAAACACAGAGUUAUAAAAUUGGGCCCCAUCACAAAAUCAAGAGAGCCGCUUGUGAUUAGAAAUGAAUAAAAACAGGACCGUCUCUGUAUGUCCAAGUUAUCUUUAUGUCUUUAUUUAAACUCAAGACUUGGUUAAAAGGCUAAAAAUGAUCCCAUCUACAAAUGUGAUUUUGAGCAAAUGGGUAGUACUGUUGAUUUAAAUUAGAACAAGGCUCAUCAAUGAUUUAUAAAUUAAGAAGUGGUACAGCCUGGACUUAGGCACUGGACUUGAAUCACACUGAUGAUUUGUUAAUAGAAUUUCUGACAUUUUUUUCUCUAACAUGAUUAAAAUCUGCAUUAAAAAAUCCUAUUCACAAUGAAGCUAAAGUCAGCUCAGCUCUGUUCUCAGUGCAUGGCAUGGUUGUGCUACCCUGUUGAAAACACCAGAGCAUUUAAUAGAGGGAACGUGGCCAGGCUGUGCCAGAUGGCCUCAAGGAAAAAAAAAAACAAGUCCUGACAAUUUUAGUUAUAAAUUUAGAUGUUACCAGAGCAUUUCACUGAGUUAAUCUGACCUACAAUAUUUUGUUUUAUUUUUGUCUGUGUUCAUAAAGUCUGGGUGGCUGAGGCUGUGCUGAUACAAAGCUCAAGUUGUGGAAAUCUCACUGAAUUCUUCUAAGGUUAGGAUCUUAGAAAAAAGUAUUUCAAAAUCAUUCUUAACCUUGAGCCAGUAGGCCUGAAACUUAAAAAAUAAUGUUCUGGGGAGGAAGACUAAGCUCUGCCAAAUUUUGCAACCAUUAAUCUAAAGUCCUGUAUUAUAUCUGCACUACAUUAAUUCAUAAGUAACUUCAGACAAGGCAUGCCUUUUCCACAAAACCUUUAAAGUGCGUAAUCUGAUCAUUGCAGUGGCCUAAGCAGAAUUUAAAACUGCCUGAAUUUCUUUUUAAGUACAUGUCCAUAAAUGCUUCUAUCAAAAUGUUGUCAGUAUUUUAUAACACUUUCCUGCCCACCUGAGUAUCUCCCCUGUCACAGUGCUCAAAGUAAGGUCUGUAUAAUGGCAAUGCAAUUUUUCUGCUUUUUAUUUACUUCCAUGGUUGAUUUUUUUUUAAUACAGUUUGACUGUGACCUCCAGUAGGCUUUUUUAGAGGAGAGUGGGUGAAUGUUAGGAAGGAAGCACUUUUAUCCAUGCUCUCAUGAGGGGUGAUUUCUGUCCCUCUUUCCUGUGCAUGAGAAAUGGGAGAAAGCACUGCAAAAAUGGAAACAGGGAGGAAUGGACAGACAGACUGUGAAAUCUUAAAAAACUUCUUCACUUAGGUAUGAAAAACACUUCUUGGAACUCAUUUGACUCAUUAUUGGAACUUCAUCAGGAAAUUCAUCUUUCAGUGUAGUUCUCUUACUUUGAAUAGCUAUUAUUAAGCUAUGGAUGCUGAAGAGUUAAAUACUGCAAAGGAAAAAUGUAAAAUGAAUCAUGUAAUUGUGUAUAUUUUUAAACAAUGCUUCAAAAUGUUUAGGUACUUUUGUGAUGAAUCAUGUAGAAAAGCGAUUACCUUAUGUGAACUAAAGACCUUGUAGUAAAUUUAUUAAGUGCAAAACAGAUUUGUGUAGAAUGCAAGAGGAAAUCAAAUAUGUAUUCUAAUAUUGUUCAACCACAAAAAUUCUUAAGUAAAAUAUUUUUAUGAAAUUUGAAGUUAUCAAAUUCCAUGGACAUGACCCAAACUCCACUGCUGUUUUAAGUCCCCGUAAAUUAUACAGGACUUUGCUUGAAACAAAGAUACACAAUUUUAAAUAAUAAACAGAGGAACCAAAAUGCUUUUCUUUUCUAACAUUCCCUUGGUGCACAGCUGCCUACAUGUUCACUUAAAGGAUUCAUUCUUACUGAAAAAAACUGCUGACUUUUCAGUAGAUAAUCAAAAUCAGAACGACUCGGGCUGAAAGCCAUAAUCUUUUUUUUUUUUGGAGCAGUUGUCACAAUGCCCUGUACAAGUUUCACUUAUUUGGGUAUUCCGACCUGUACUUUAAAUGGAUCACAGAUAUUUUUUCAGUGCAAAGACAUGAUCUAUUAUGCAAGUUUACACAUCAGGAGGUGUGAGUGGCAGAAGCAUCUCAGCUGCAUAGAUCUCUAGGAUUGCAAGACAACCAAGAAGGGAAAGGAAGUUAAAUGUAAGAACUUUAUUUUUCUUUCCUCACUACUGAUUAUUCUUAAAACAUUAUUUCUGUUAUAUUUCUAGGCUAACUGUCUGUUUCUUAUGAGUCUCCAAAUUCCCAACUAUGAUGGAAAUGUCACACUCAAUAUUUAUUAAGGAAUUAAUGUAGAAAUUAGGUGUCCAGUCUGUGUUAAUCAUCUGGUCUCAAUCCCAUAACCAGUGGAUAGAAACCAGCAAAUCUGAGGAGUGCUUUAUUCCUUACUGCAAUAGAUGCCUAAAGCCAGUGGAAUAAAUAAUGUUCUGAGAAGGCAUCUUUCUCCAUCAACAAGCUGUACUACCAUAUAGAUUUUUGACAGCUCAAUUUUCUAUAGAUAGGUUUAAUAUCAGAUUUAUUGUAGCAAUACAAUUAAAGUAGCAAUCAUGGGCAAUGUUGCAGGAUUAUGAGGAUAAAAUAAAACAAUGCUGAAGUGAAUGAAAUUUAAAUCAGAAGUUUGUCAUCCCAUUUAACUGGCAGAGGAGAGGGAAGAAAAGGUUUUAGCCUGUUUUUCUAGCUAGGAGUUACUACCUGGGGCAUAGUAGAAAAUAUUUCUAAAAUAAUACAGUAGAAAUUGUAUUAAUUCAUAGAUGAGUUCUAUGUCUCAGGAGAUGCACUGACUCUUGGAACACAGAGCUACUCAUAAAAAAAUAUUAGAGACAUUCUACUGUAUCUCUAAGCACUUUGUUCAAUUAACAUUCAAAACUGAGCUAAAUUACUACUCUACAACAUCCAUAAGUAGAGUACAUAAUCAGCUCACUGUUUUCUUUUUGCACAGAAGACAGACAAGUAUUCCCUGGCGGAGCGAAUAUGAAUAUCAAAUUUGUUUUAGGGACAAAACUCCCUGUAUUUUAAAGUAGAAGUCCUUUACUGAGCCAGUGUGCUUCAUGCGUGGAUAGAACUGGAAAAAGCUGCUCUUAAAUUUUUCUCACUAAGACUUGGAGGAGUGCUAUGAUUUGCAUCUGUCUUGUACUUUAACUGAUUUCAAUACAAUGAAGAAUCUUUGGAAUAAAGGCAGGAGUUUUCUUCAUUUGCCUACAACUAAAAGAACAGUGGCUUCCACAAAAGCCCUAGCAGUUAUUGGCACAUAUCUAUCAUGGUACUUGAGAUAUAUUGAUGCUUUCACAGAACUUAAAAUAAGAAAUAUGUGCAGCCAGAGAGAAGUAGGAAACCGCAACAUCCAAAUGACUGCAGAGUUGAAUGUCACAGACAUUUCUGGGCUCCAGUUCUUUACUCAAGUCAACGAUAUUUAUCAGCAUUUGAAUUAUUAAAGAUUUAUUUCUCCCCAUCUCUAGGAUAUUCAUAACAGUUUGAAAGGAAAAAUAAUCAGAUUUGUAACCAAACAUAUAUUUAAUUUGCCCUUUACCUUCCUUUAGACCAAAGCACUGUGGAAUUUCAUUUAGCUCACUCAUAUGGUAGGUAAAAAUACUCUUACGACAGCAUCAGAUUCUGGGUUUCUGUUCACUCAGUUAAUUUAUUCCCAGUCCUGCAAAUAAUUUCCCUGAGUUUAUUUGCUUAUUGUAUUCUUUUGCACUUUAGAGUUUUAUUAAAAACUCAAAAUAUUCUUAACAUUCUUUUGUUUUGUUACAAUUGUCACCCUAAUACUAUAAAGCAAAGUGCUUCUAUGCCUUUUGUUGCCACAUUAACCGUUUCUAUUCUUUCAAUAUUUUUAAAUUUUCUUUUAAUUUCUUAAUUAGUUUCUCACUCAGUGUUUUAUGUACUGUAGAGAAAUAUCUGCAAUUGCAAUCAGGAAAUUAUACCUAAAAAGACAGUUUCUGAAUGCUCAUAUGAAAAGGAUCUAAACAAGGUUUCUCUGCUUUAAUCAUGCAGAUUUUUUACUAAUUUUCUUCCUGAAAAAAACUUGUACCAUACUUCAGUUUUGUCUGGUAUGUCAUGGUAUGCACAGCAGUGUAGUAGGUCUUUCCCAUGCUAAUUAUUAUACAGCCUUCAAUAGUAUGUGCCUUUCAUCAGUAGUAAAUCCAUUUAUGCGGCAUGCUUUCAUGUGAUUUUACUUGAUCUAUCUUAAAGACACAUAGGUUUUCUGGUUUUUUUUUCUUUAUUUAAAUAGCAUGGCCUGUCACCAAGCGGUUCUUUUCACUCAGAAUUGCUUAGCACUGCCUUCAAAGAAAAUAUUCUCCUAGUUUAACAUGACAUCUUUUGUUUUGUAACAAUACAGACAAGUAGGUAAGGUAUAGAUGUUAUUUUUUUUCAAUUAUUUUCAAUAAGCACAGUCUAUUCUCUACCAUCCAAAGCUGCACUACUUUCCCAAUAGGCUGAAAAUGCCUGUGUGAUAAACUGUGUCUAAGUGUGAGUCCCAUUUUUGCCUAAUGUUUUCUAAUCAGUUUCUUAAUUUUUUUAUUGGCGCAUUUUAAUUUACAAUAAACACUACCCCUAGAUUUAUCAUACCACUGUCAUUUUAUCAAGGUCAUUUUUCUGAAAGAUUAUAUGUUGUGUUCAUUUGUCACAGUUCUUUCAAAAAAAUCAAAUUUUUUUUUUUUUACAGGUGCAUUUUCAUCUCUUGGUCUGAAAAAAUUCAAUUGCCUGAAAAAAAAAUCUCUGUAGUUUUCUCCAACAAUUUGCUUCCUUGAUGUCUUGAUGUUAUUUUUUUCUCUUCAUUUUCCUUUUUUUUUAUUUUGACAAAAAAUGAGAAGAAAAUUAUAUGUGGAAUAAUAAGUUGCAUGCUCUGUCCUAUUUUUCUCUUUCUCACAUUCCUUUUUAAUCCUGACAUUCAAAACAUACCCAGAAUUAUGUCUCUGUGGCAGGAAAGCACACCAUCCAAAAUCAAAAAUUAAGAAUUCAAACUGUGAAAUAACCUCACAACUACAUCCAUGGGCAGGUUACUGUACACUAUUGUUUGGCACCUGAAUUUGGAAAUUGCCAGAACUGUGUGCAGCUCUACUUUAAUUAUCUGAACUGCAAAUAAAAUUGCAACUGAGGAAAUGAGUGUUUCAUUAAACAUUGCAAACUAGGAACAUUUCUAUAGCAUAAGGAAUAGGAGACAUUUUGGUAUCAGGCAUGUGGGUGUUUUUUAUAUUAAGAUGUUUUUCAAACCAUGUGGACAUAACUACCAAUUUGUGUCUGGCUGUUUUUUAUCACCUAGAAAAGCCAGAGACCAGUAAAAAAUACAUAAGAAGGAAUUUCCCAGAGUAGUUCAACUCUUCAGAAAAUUUCUUGUGUAGACAGACAUCUUGUCUUUGUAAUUUUAAAGCAUAAUAUACCAGAUUUUAAAAGCUGAACUCUACUUGAGAAUAUAACCCAGCAGCAUUCACUGUGUGCUACUUGCAAUUUGCAGACUGUAGGAUUUUCCCUCAGAAUCAACUUCCAUCUAACAAAGAACAAGCAGAUGUAUUUUAAACACCCACAAAAAUGAUACAGAGCUUUAAACCAGGGUAAGGUAGUGUCACAGGGUCAUCAAGGUUGGAAGAGAUCCCCAAGAUCAUCGAGUCCUGCUGCCCACCCAACAGUACCACUGUAACCACUAAACCACAUCACCUUGCUCCAGGUCCAGAGGCCUCUUAUAAACCCCUCCAGGGAUGGUGACUCCACCACCUCCCUGGGCAAGCUAUUCCAAUGUCUGGCCACCCUGACAGUGACGUUUUCUUUUCUAAUAUCUAAUCUGAAUCUCACUUGUCUCAGCUUAAGGUCAUUUCCUCUUGUCCUCUCACUGCAGGCACAGCAGAAGAGACCGACCCCCACCUCUCUGCAACCUCUUUUCAGAGAGUUGCAGAGAGCGAUGAGGCUCCCCCUGAGCCUCCUCUUCUUGAGACUGAAAAAAACACCAGGUCCUUCAGCUGUUCCUCAGAGGACAUUUUCUAGUCCUUUCACAAGCCUUGUUGCCCUUCUCACUCCAGUACCUUAAUGUCCUUUGUGAAAUGAGUGGCCCAGAACUGGACCCAGCACUCAAGGUGUGGCCUCACCAGUGCUAAGUACAGGGGGACAACCACUGCCCUGGCCCUGCUGGCCAAACCAUUGCUGAUACAGGCCAGGAUGCCAUUGGCCUUUUGGCCAUCUGGGCACAGACUGGCUCAUGUUAGCAGCACCUCCAGUCUUUUUCUGCUGAACAGCUCUCAAGCCACUCCUCCCCCAGCCCGUACACAGCGAGGGGUUGUUAUGACCCAAGUGCAGGACUCUUCCCCUUAUUGAACCUCCUGAAGUGGUUCUCAGCCCACUGAUGGAGUCUGUCCAGGUCUCUCCAUAAAGCCCUCUGCCUUCCACAAUCAGAUCAAUGCUCCCUCCUACCCAGCCUGGUAUCAUCUACAGAUUUACUGAGGGUGGACUCAAGCCCAACGUUCAGGUCUUCAUUAAGGUGUUAAACAGGACUGGCCCCAGUACGGAGCCCUGGGGAGCACCACUAGUGACAGCUGCCAGCCAGAGUGAGCUCCAUCCACCACAGCUCUCCAGGCCCAGGCAGACAGAUAUAGCUCUUACUCUUUGAAGAGCCUACCCAGCCAAGCUGCCAGCAGCCAGUUUUUCUGAGAGGAUGCUUUGGGAGAUGGUGUCAAACAUUUCGCUGAAGUCUAGACUGCCUUUCCCUCAGUCUAGACUCCACAGCCUUUCCCUCAUCAAUUAAGCUGGUCACUUUAUCAUAGGAGAACAUCAGGCUGAUCAAGCAAGACCUUCCUUAGGUGUUGAUAUAACUGUAGUUAUAUCAGCAUAUAUAUAUAUGUUAUAUGUUAUAUAUAUAUAUAUAUAUAUAUAUAUGUAAUAUGUUAUAUAUAUGUUAUAUAUUAUAUAAGUAUAUCAUAUAUGUGAUAUAUAUCAUAUUAUAUCAAUAUAUCAUACAUAUAUGAUAUAUAUAUAUCACCUUCUGUGAACUCUAGUUAGUAGGAACAGUGACAAUCCCAACUGUUAAAUGUCCUUGGGGGUUUCCUCGCAGGAAGCUCAAGAAACAGAGUUCCAUAAUCAACUUCCCCCUUGCUGAGCAGAUCUUGCAGUGGGAAAUGGAUGUAGCUGUUCUAGUAUUAUGUAUAAAUGAUUAUUUAGAUCACCCUAAAUGAAAAUUGAUAAGUUUGCAACAAUCUACUCACACUAGGAACUCACUUUUAAUUUCUAGACCUUCACAGUUGUUUUCUGCAGUUGUCGCUUGUUCAUCUUGUAAAGGCAGUAGUGGGCUAAUUUUAAGAAUAUAAAUAGAGAACAGUCUACUGGAGUGACUUCUCAUUUAAUUUCAAACAUUUAAUAUUUACAUAAUUAUUUUUUUUUGUGAGAAAAGAGUAGUUGUGAUGCACUAUGUGAUUACAGUCAAAAAGUCAAAACUUAUGUAAAAACCAUCUUGUAGUGGUUUUGCAUCUUGCAGCUGUCUCAUGAUAGCUGCAUUCACAAGGCUCUUGUCUGUAGACCACAAAGCUCUGCAAAAGCACAUAUAACCACGUUUUUGUAUGGCUAGCUUACUGCUGUUGAAUAAUAUUUUUUAUGCUAUAGCUGUGGCAGUGUUUGAAAUAAAGAGCAGGACCACAUGUUCUGCUCUAUAAACAGUUAAGUACAACACUGAUACUUAAAAGUAAUUUUAAAUAUUAAAUCAGUCGUGGGGGGAAAUAUAUUUAAACUGUAAAAACAUUCUCUCAAAUGAAAAACUUGGGAGAUGAACAGAAAACAAAUAAACAAAAAAAGCAAACUAAUGAGCUCAACUGGAACAGCAUGGAGCCAGGUGCUUGGGAAUAUGCUGAGUCCUGAGAAGCUGUUAUGCAGACCAGAGUAGGCAGCAUACGUGGUUACAAAUGUGUAGAGCAGGAAAGGAGAAUUAUUCAAUAAUUACUUGCACAGUGUGAGCAGAAAUACUGCUCAGUUGUUCUGGAACAGAGGUCCUAUCAGAGAAAGUGAAAUCUUUGGGUUUGGUUUGUUUUUUGUGCUUGUGAGGGAUUUUGCAAGUGCAAGUACUUUCUGUUUCUCUUCUUGAAGUGUGUAAAUGUAUAAUUCACAGCCCUGUUCCUCAGAUUAUAAUAUCAAUUAUGCCUUUUGGAGAAAAUUAUAAACGUUCUCUCAGAGGAAGAAAUUCCAUUCUCCAAGAGGUCAAAAUCACUGGUGGUCACUGAAUAUUUUCUCAUUUCAUUCCUCUGCAUUCACUGUACCCAUAGCAGGUACACUAAAAGUAUUUCUGCCGUUUUCUGUAUUUUUUCACUGAGCAUCCUUGAAUGGCUGAUGUUUUUUUCAUAUCUGGUCUAGAGCCUCUGGAAAUCAAAUUGUUUAUUCUCUUAAUUAAUUUAAUCAAAACUUCUUAUUUACAACCAAUAUUUUGGAAUUCUUAAAUUUCUCAAAGACAGAUGGAGAUAGGAGUUUAACCCUAUUUGGAAUUUUCUGAUAGCUUACUAUAUUGACAAUGUCAGUUGUUUCAAAUUUUUACACUGACAUGACAUUAUCAGGUGUACUUAAAUGAUUUAUUAUUCAUGCUUAUUGCAUUCUCUUUAUUCCAUGACAUGAACAAAUUGGAUAUUUGUUAUAUAAGCCAUGAUAUUUUUUUAAAAAUGGAAUAACAAUUUAUGAUGUUAGAUGCUCAGAUCUGUAUUUAUCUUUGUAUUGACUGGAAAUUAAAUUAAAAAAAAAAAAAAGAAACAAUUUGCAAUGACACUGGACAAGUUAAUUUAUAUUUAAUUAUUUUUGCAUAUUUUGUAGCAUAUUAGUUGAUUAUUAGUCCUGUUUCAAUAGAAAUAUGACCAAUGACUUAUGUUGACAGAGAUAACAAUCUGUAAAUCAGUUAUGAUUAUAUUAAGGAAUUUAAGGUUCUCGGGAUGUUCUCAGGUUAUACUUAGCUGCAAAAAAAAAUGGAGAUUACUUAAUUCUUUCUGAAAGUGCUAAGUGAAAAGAAGGGAAAACUAUGUGACUUUUUAUUUGAAAAAACUAGUUAUUAUGUGUCCUUGAAAUGUGUAUCAGGAGCAUUCCUACACGUGCUGUUGUAUCCAUAUUCCCAGGAAUUACUAUCUUAAAUACCGCAGUUUGUUCAGUGUGGGUGGCAGGCACCAUCAGUAGCUGAUCCACACAGUACAUCUGUGGGAAUUUCCUUCCCAAAAUAAUCAGUUUGAAAUAUGCAGCUGUUGCUUCUCCGCCCCUCCAUCAUGCCAUCUUGUUUGCAAAGUGAAAGGCAAUUGCCACUUCUUGGUGAAAACUUGCAAUAUGUGCUGGAGGAGAAGUGUGGAGAUUUUUCAUGAAAUCAGUGUUUUCUCCAGUGUAUGAGCAUCAUUGACAGUGAUGUCCAGAGCUGGUUCAUAUUCUGAUCAGUAACCCUCAAUGUGGCAUAAAUCUCACUCCUGGCUACUGUUGUUCAUGGGAAAAGAGGUGUAUAUUCCUUCAUCAUUCCUUCAUCAAGGAAUAUCCAUCAGAUAUUCCUUUUAAUGUUUUGGGUUUUUUUGUUUUUAUUUUAGCCCAAAGAAGAAAAAUAUAUGUAGACACUUUAUAGGUAAUGUUUCAAACUACUUCUAUACAUGCCUUUGAAAGUCAGUGGGCAUAGGCAGAAUUCCUUAAGAACUCAGGGCUUUAGGAUUAAAUAGUCAGUGGUGAUAUUAAUACUCAGGUAUUCCCCUCUGAUUGCCAUUUGUUCUUAUUCAUACCCUGUAAAUCUUUAUUGAAAGGAAAAGAUCAUAUUUUCCUCAGUAACUGACAUAAGUUCUGAACAAUCAAGUAUAUUGCAGCCUAUGGAACAGGAAAAAAGUGAUCUACAGCAGAUAACUGGCACAAGAUUUUCAGUUUUAAAAUGUUAUACAACACGAUCUCACAAGUUCUUUUUGAAGAAGAACAUUUGAAUUAGUAUACUCUAUUGCAGCCAGUAACUAUACCUUAUUAAAUGUUUCCUGACAAUUCACUACCUCUGUCCCAAAAAUGCAUUAGUUCAGCAGUCCAUAAUAGAGCCUAAAUAGGUGUCAAAAUUCUAUAUAGACACAUAAAGAUUGAAUACUAUUCAUCUUUGCCAUGUGGUAGUUAAAUGUUUGUUGAAGCUCUUUGGGGUUUUGUGUAUUGCGGGUUUCUUUCCUUUUUGGAGGAAGGUGGUACUGAGGGCUACAGUGCAACAAAAUAAGCCCAUAUAUGUGAUCAUCUUAGUGUAGAAAACUACUUGCAAGUAAUCCUAAUGAUCAAAAUAAAACUAACAAAAAUUUUUCAUACUCAUAGUGUUUUACAACUAAACGGUAUUCAUUACAUAUUUUACUACAUAUUUGAUGUGUUUCAGUUGACAAAUUAAAAAAGACAUCUGAAAUGCAGCAUUUUUUUGUGUGUGCAGCUUUGCUUUUGUUCCUUUUUUAUGGGAAAUGCAGCCUCUCAACAUGUGCAUGAUUAUAGAUUUGCAUAGUGUAAAAUUACUGUAAUUUUAUCUGUUCAGGAAGUCAGAAAGGGAUUUAAUAAGUAGUAAAAUUUAAACUAGGAAGUAAUAUAAAGGCAGAGUGUAUAUAUUUUGCACUUUUAAAUAACCUUUUAUAACGAGAAUCUAUUAUCGUACAGUAUACUGUAAUUCACUUUGUAGUGAUGCUAUUGUCACAGUAUUGUCUUUAAAACUGUAUAUGAAUGGUUUGUAUAUGUACACACUUCAAAAGUGAUUUCUACAAUGGAAUAUGUGCUCCCUGUCACUGUUAUUAGCAUCCAACUGGAGAAGUAUUCACCAAUUAUUUUUUUUUAUAAAUUAUGAAUGUACAGUGUAAAUUAGAAAAUCAAAUAUUGUAGCAUUGAAGAGAUGCACUUUAAAAAUGUAAAAGUGUAUAUCUCCAAGAGUGUUAUUUUGUAUAGAUGUUUUUG